UUUGUCUCAACCUGGAUGAUAUCCCUCACCCCUUCGCAGCUUCGGUGAUGGUGUGGUCCAGGAAGAGCGCUUCUGCUCUCCUCUUCUCUCCGGCUAAAGUGAAUCAGCUGACGAAUGGUAUCUCCCUCCUCUCCCGGAUGGAUCGCGCCGCUGAACCCGGCCAGCCGGAGCGCUAGCUGACACCGGAGCAGGUUGUCUGCCUCUUGCUCUGCUCUCUCUGGAUGAAGCCGCCCGCUUCCCCUAACCAUGGCUUCCAACUUCAACGACAUAGUCAAACAGGGGUACGUGAGGAUACGGAGUAAAAAACUGGGGAUCUUCAGGAGGUGUUGGCUGGUGUUCAAGAAAGCCUCCAGUAAAGGACCCCGACGGUUAGAGAAGUACCCAGAUGAGAAGGCGGCCUAUUUCAGGAGCUUCCACAAGAUCACUGAGCUCCAUAACAUCAAGAACAUUACCCGGAUGCCACGAGAGACAAAAAAGCAUGCCGUCGCUAUCAUCUUUAGCGAUGACACGUCCAAGACGUUUGCCUGCGAUUCAGAGCUGGAUGCAGAGGAAUGGUGCAAGCUGCUGUGCGUGGAGUGCCUGGGCAGCCGUCUCAACGACAUCAGCCUGGGAGAGCCGGACCUGUUAGCAGCAGGGGUGCAGCGGGAGCAAAACGAACGUUUCAACGUGUACCUCAUGCCCACCCCUAACCUGGACAUCUAUGGGGAGUGCACCAUGCAGAUCACCCAUGAAAACAUCUACCUGUGGGACAUUCAUAAUGCUCGUCUCAAACUCGUCAUGUGGCCCCUCAGCUCCCUGCGCAGAUAUGGCCGAGACUCUACCUGGUUCACUUUUGAGUCCGGAAGGAUGUGUGACACGGGAGAGGGUUUGUUCACGUUCCAAACACGGGAGGGGGAGAUGAUCUACCAGCGAGUCCACUCAGCCACGCUGGCCAUCGCCCAGCAGCAUGAGAGGAUGAUGGAGGAGAUGGAGAAGAGCUCCCAGAUCCACUCCAGAGAGACGUUAACCAAGUCCAUCUCCCUGCCACGCAGCGCCUACUGGCAGCACAUCACGCGUCAAGCCAGUGUGGGGGAUCUCUACAGUUACCAAGAAGCCGGGCUGUCGAUGACUUUUAUCCCUCGAGCGCAGACCUUCCCCAGCUUCCUGUCUGACGAGCCUGAGCAGGAGGAGAGCCACCACCAGGAAGAGGCACCAUCGCCCUCUAGUGGCUGUGAAUCCAGUUGCAGCCUCAGACCCCUUCAAUGACAGAGAACUGCUCGAUCUGCCGUGGACACUGAACUCACCACUGUAGAGAGGAUGUAGAAAUCUGUAUAGUGACAUGUGUAAUAUAUUAUUUCAUGGUCAUACUUACAAACACUAGUGUCAACUGUAGAGCGAGUGGUAUGUGAAAUUGUGUGAUGUGUGAGUGCAGGUAGAGUCAAAUAUCACACCAAAAAUCCUUUUUUUGUGUGCUUUAUGUUGUUAUCAUCCUGUUAGAACCUGCAUGACCGACUUCCUCCUACACUUUUUUUUUCUGAGAAGUUAAAGGCACCAAAAACUCCAAGAUCUACUGUAAAACAAUGUUUUCGAAAGGAGAAAAAAGAGGGUUUUGUUCUAAAGUUGAAGAAAACACAUCAGGUUCAAUCCAACAAUGUGCAGCCUCAGCAGCCGGUUUAAGAGAAACUCAACCUGUUUUGACACAUAAUCCUCCCACACUUACUAAACUCCGCUUUCUCUCAAAAAUGUGAAAUCGAUCAAUGCCUUACAACAAAACAGCUUGAUGUUCGUGGCAGUGAUGAAUCAGCUAAACCCUGUAAUCGGUUACAACCAGAAAAAGGCAAAAGUCAUUCAGAGACGUGCUUCAGGGAAAAAAAAAAAAUGGCUGGACCGUCAUGUCAGAAAUGAUAAAAGUGCAACCCUCUCACAGCCUCUGCUUUAAACUGCCAGCUUUACCUUUCAGCAGAGCAAUUUGAUUUUAAUAGCUUCUUGACUCUCCAGCAGCUUCAUAUAUAGCAAGAAACUGAUAAGUUGUUCAUUAGCAGGAGGUGUAGAAAGACUGACCCGAUGGGAGGAGAUGUGCAAAGCAGAGGCAAACCUGGAAUCAUUAUUAAUAUAAGAUGAUGUCAGAGAUUUUUCCUCAACAAGAAAAUAAAUGCCCAGUAAAAUUUAUAACAAAUUAAAGUUAAAAGAACAGGAAAUGUGCAUAAUCAUAAUGUUGCCAUGUGAUUUUCUUCUCCUACCUAGCAGGACCAUCUGCCACUGCAGUUGCUGCCAAUCCCCUACCUUCCCCCCCCUCAUGCAUACUUCUCCUUUACUUUUAUUUUCAAAUUAAACUGCAAAAUCUUUAAAAGAAAAUCUUAAGGUUUUAAGAUUAUAAAUCCAGUACAGAAAGGGAAAAUGGCAGAACUGAGAUGGAAAAAAAAAAAGUUAUAAAUGUAUCUGCUACUUCUGCACCACAGACAAAGCAACUGAUAAAACAUUACUAGUUAAGUUACACACAUCACUGAUUCCAACAUAAACUUUCAUCAGAUAAAGAAUCAUUCAGCCAGACAAGACGAGAACGAGAGGAGGAAUAACAGCAGGUUAAUAAGGCAUGUUGAUCAUUUUGCUAACAAAGCAGGUUUUUUUCGCCCCAGUGUUUAUAAGACGGACGUAGUGAAGCAGAUACAGAAGUGCCUUAAAUCUUUAUUGCUUCAGUUCAGAUGGUUUAAAACUCCAUAAUAAAACACACUUAAUUCUCACAUUUUCCCAACAAGUUUCCAAUGUCUGCUUCACUUUUUAUGUCUUCAGUAAAGAAUGAUGAUCCUAUGUGGUGUAAAUAGACACUAAUGUCUCUAAUAUGUGGGUGUCUGCAGGAUCCACCUCACACCCACAGUGUCUGGUUACAAAAUGCUCCACUGCUGGCAUCAUGGUGGUAAUGUCCAUCUUUUAUAUACAGAUUAUAAUCCUUCCUCACAUUACCAACCUCACAUUCAUUUUAAUGGCAGACAUGGAGCGACAGCUACCAACUGGUCUUACAUGGUAUAAAAAUUAUUUUUUACAUUUAGGGUUAUGAGGUCUUUAAUGCGGAUCAUUUUUAACAUUCAUUAUCCAAAGAUAGACAGGUAGCAUGCAUUUAAAAAUGUAA